AUGGCGGACUCGGAAACCCAGCCUUUGCUAACACGACCACAACAACAGCGCUCACAUCGCGAGAAAACCGCCGAAUUGCUUGAAUCUCGAUCGCUACAUCAAUUUGUCCUCCUUCUAAUUACAAUCGGCAUGUUUGGCUAUAUGGCUCAAAUACCCUAUCUUAUGCUCGUCCAGAUGCAACAUGCGUACUUGUUGACUUGGGUUACGCGUUUCUCCAUGAGAGCUGCACUCCAGUCGAAGGGCCCGGUGUCCCGGGCUGAAAUUCCACUUACGCUAUGGAGUCUGGGUCCUCGAUUCUACUUCCCUGGCGCUGUUCCACACGCUGCUCUCCAUCUUUUCGACGCAUUCAUCAUCAUCGUGACGUUUGUGCUCGAAGUUGUGCUGCGAGGCAAGGAGCAAGAACUUGCUGGUCUCUUGGUUGUCCUGCGACUAUGGCGUCUUAUAAAACUUGCGGUAAGUGGUCAAAAUUUUUCUCUGUUGUCGUUGAACGAAAGCAAAACAGGUGUUUCUGUUGGGGUGGGCGAGGUUGGCGAGGCAGACGCUAUUCGGGCGGCUGAGGCAGAGCAAAGAGUUGAAGAACUCGAGAAAGAGAAUUCAGAACUUAAGGCUCGUCUGGCGGAGGCAGGAAUCCAAUGA